UUUUGUUGUGUUUGUUGUUUUUUGUGUUAACAGCUUUAACAGCCUUGCUAAAUCGAAAGCGGCAAAAAGCAGCGCGUAGCACAUGCGAGUGACAGACAAGCAACAACAUAGUCUCUGGUUAUUUUAUUUGAUUCUUGUAAUGAAAUUUCUUUUAGUCGUCUUUGAAAUUUCGACGUGAUCAUACAAUAGUUGCGGUUUAAAAAUUACUGAUCAGUGUUUUUUGUUGUGCAUUGAAAAAAAAAUUCAUUCAGAAUAAACAUUUAUACAAAUUUUAUUGUGGUUUUAUUAAAACUCUGCACUGCACACAUAUUGUGUCAAAUUGUGUCAUGAAGUUGUUUGACGUGAUUACUUCGCUAAUUACACUUUUGGUCUUUAUCUACUUGCAAUUGGAAUAAAAACAUUUGACCUACUUAACCUUCAAAUCCUGCACCAGAUAUAGCAAGGAUAUCUUUUUACUUAAAAUCCGGCUUGAUUCAACGAACUCUUCCUACUCCUCAAUUAAAUCGAAAAUAUGAAGCUUCUUCUACUCUCUGUGUUCUUUGCCAUUACUCUGUGUGUGUGUUGUGAACCUGCGAAUCUAAAACGGCCAUUAGUUUUCCAUCAUAAUUUGCAGUCAAAACUUGGUAAAAGCAGCAAACAAAUUGCACAUAGUCCCAGCGUAAAGCAAAAAACUUUAGUAGUGCAGAUACGCAGUGAUCAGCCGGUUCCUUUGGUUCUUAAAGGACGCUCCUAUGCACAACAACAACUUACCCGGUUUAGAGGACCACGUCCGCUUAAAAUAUCAACAGCUCCUGUAUAUCUUCAAAAUGGUCCACUGCUAACAAAGCCAUCUUUGCGCAAACCAAUUAAGAUUAAAUUACCAUCCAGCAAUACUAAAUGGAUUAAACCGUCCCCACUCUACACUAAACCAUUUAAAUACGAAAAGCCAGCAUUUUCCCAAAUUCUAGAUAGUACUGCCGUACAAAAAUUACCUUUAAAAUCACAUGUGAACUUUGUUGCUAAUCACUUCGCUCCUAUUCAUACCAUUCCUGCACCAAAUCUUGCUAUAAUACAUGAUAACCAGUUACACCAUGAAGAAACAUACUUAGCUCCUGAAUCCCCCAAACCACAACCUUACCAUCAAUCGAAUACCAACAACAACAAUCAAUAUAAAGUCAUAGAGGAUAACACUAACGAUCAGACUAUUCUUGAUCCAUUGUCUGGUUCGCAAAAACUUUUUGCACCUGAUCCAGAUCCGUCUUUACCAACAUCUAAGAUACGUCCUGCCGUUGAACCGUUUAAUCAACCAAGUAAUAACAAGCCAUUGCCAGGGGAUGUUCAAAAUAAUAUAGUAACUCCAGCUCAGCCUAUCCUGCAAAUAGUUGGUGGACAACACGUAGAUGUGCCAACAUCCGAAAUAUACCCAAUACAACUUCAACAGUACGUAACAGCUGUGCAACCGAUACCCAUAUACAACCCGACAUAUCUUGUUACGCAAUCGAAUAAUCUUUACUCACAACACAAACAACAACUUUUCCAACCUAAUGAAGAUGUCGUUGAGGCAGGUUAUGUCAACGCUGACUUAACACAAGAAGUUGCGAGCAACGGUCAAAUUCUUCAAGCCGCGAAGGAUCCCUACAAUAAUAUUCAUCCUGUGUUAGAUUCUGCACCACAAUUUGCUGCUCUAAUAGCAGCACCUUCAUUAGGAGAGGAACAAAUUUUCCAAAGUAGUUCCUUGCAUUUGCCGAACGGAAUUUCUAUUAAUAGUGCAACGGAAAAUGGUUUUGCAGUUUCAAAUUAUUAUAAAAAUGCCCAAGACUCAUCUCAAUUGUUACAAGUUUAUGCAGAAGAAGAGGCACGCAACCAACAAAUAGCGCAAGAGCAACAAGAACAUCAACAACUACUUAUACAGCAACAAAAUCAUCUAUUGGAGUUGCAACAACAACACCAACAACAACAAAUCAAUCAACCUAUAGAUGCUGCUGCAUCCGCUUUUGAAGAGCAUCAACGGUUAGUCAAACAACAACUUGGUGCGAAUACUCCUUUGCGAAUAUUUGUACCCGAUGAAGAAGAGUUACGUCUUCAAAAACGAUCAGAUGAGAAACUUGAGGACAGUGAAAUGGAAACUGACUUUUACCAGGAUUUUCAAUCCUCAGAGGCUUUAAAUGAAAUUAAACUAAACGAUGAUUCCACAGAAAAUAAUAGUAAUUUAAUCAAAUAAAAAUUCUUCAUAUAAAAAUUUUUAGUUGUCCGACCAAAUUUCUUAUAAUUGCUUUCAUGUUGGAAAAAUAUAUUAAUUAUUUAUUUAUU